AUUGAGGAGAAAUAUUGAAAUCUCGUUGUGCUCUUUUACGAAAGCAUGGGUAAGACUAGAAAAAAAUCGACGGCCUCUAAGACGGUUUUGAAAUUUGAUGAAGAGUUACGAAGUACAUAUCUUGCUGCUCACUCUCAACAAAAACGAAAAUCAAAGAAAGAAAAGAACAAACAAAAAAAGGAAACGAAAAUUGUAAAGAACAAGGUAGAGCCGCCUAAAAGCAACUCUAAGAGGACGUUCAAUAUAUCAGAAAGAGAGGAAACGGAAGAAACUAAUUCAGAGACAAUUAAGCUACCGAAUCACGUAGUUACAAUAACUCAUUUAUUUCAAGGUGCAUCUAAUGCCAAUGAUGAAGAUGAAAGAACUGAAUUAGAUGAAGAAGUUUGUAAAUGGAAUCUCUCUUUAACCGUAAUAAAUCGUUAUUGAUAAUUACCUUUUACCCAUUUUCAGUCGCCAUCCUUGGAGAAUAAUGGAGACUUAUCAAAUAAAAAAAAAAAGAACCAUCAAGCUGCUAAUAAAUACCAAAGACAAAAAAAAUUAAGGAAAAAGAAAAUGAUGGAUAAAAGGAAAUCUUACAAAUCAGAGAAGACAAAACGAACAAAGCAAAAACGAAAGGGUAAUAGCCGGAAGAGAUAAUGCAUUACAGCGAUACGAACCAUAAACAAAAAUCGCAUUAAAAUUGAUAAUACAGCGAUGCAUUAAAUGUCACCUAUUGAAACUUUACAAAUAGAGAUUUUCAGUUAAUGUUAUUUUAUUAUUCUUCGUUGUAUAAAUCAUUUGUACAGCUCAUAAAUUCUAUAUUAAAUAAAGUAAAAAAAAA